AUGGAAAAAAUAUCUGGGGUCCCCGGCCUCAUGCCCGCCUUGCUGCUCAGCCUGCUGGCUGGCUCCCAAAAUGUUGCAGCUAAAUGUGGUCUCUCCUUCACCUGCCCCAAAGGAUUCAAAUGCUGUGGCGACAGCUGCUGCCAGGAGAACGAGUUCCUCCCUGGCCCGUUGAGGAUCUUCGUCAUCAUUUUCCUGGUCAUCCUGCCCGUCUUGUGCAUCUGUGGCCUGGCUAAGCGCUUCUGUCCCAACUGCAGAGACCUGGACCCAGACGCCCUGACGGAUUGCCGAGGGCCCCAGGAACUGCCCUCCAUCAUCCCCCUAGAGAGGGUCAGAGCAUCCCUCUCUGCUCCCCCACCCCGCUACAGUGAGGUGAUUCUGAAGCCUACCCGGGGCCCGACUCCCACAGAGCCACCUUCUCCCUACAGCUUCAGGCCUGAAAAAUAUACCGGGGAUCAGAGGGCCAUUGACAACCCAGCUUUCUGA